CGCAGAGAUCGAGAGCUGUUUGUGCGAGCAAGGAGGCUAGAUGAUUACCCCCGAAGCCCUCGCUAUGAGACCGAUCGGGGUAGAGGCGACUCCCGCGGCCGAUGGGAGAGGGACGACAGAUACGAGAGAUUGGACCAGGAUGGAUAUAGGGACGACAGAUACGAGAGGUCGGGUCGAGAUGGCUACAGAGGGAGUAGAUAUGAGAGAGGAGAUCAGGACUGGGAACGACAAGAUGGGACACGCGGACGGUUUGAGCGCGGGGGAGAUGCGAGAGAGCAGCGCGACGAGACGCAAGGAUGGUACAACCGAGGGGACCGACGCGAUGAGUCACGAGGACGCUAUGACUCGGGGGACCGCCGGAAUGACUCGCGAGGGCAGUAUGAGCGAGGAGGGUCUGGAGGAGACCGGCGCAACGAUUCGCGCAGUCGGAAUGAGAGAGGGGGAUAUGGUGUCUCAUCAGAACCAUAUCCAAAACGACAGGGCGUCUACUCCCAGGAACUUAUGCGUCUACUGUAGAGGAGAAGAUCAUAUCAAGAGGGAUUGCCCGGACCUCAAACGGGCAAUAGAUGAGGGGCUUGUCGUGCUUGACGACCGCAAGUACGUCAAGUGGGCAGAUGAUCUGGGAGAUGUAUCAAUGUUUCCUUUGAUGAAGGAGAACGUCGAAGCAAGGAGAAUAAAGACGAGUAAAGGAAUGGAGCCGGUCAGGAGCCAGAGCAUCAAGAUAAUCUUUGAGGGGGAUAUCGCGACCACACCCAUAAGGGUGGCAGCCACCAAGUCAGCAAGAGGGUCUACAUCGAAGAAGACUGACACGGAUUAUGUGAUGACGGAGAAGGACGGGCAGCGGAUCGAUGGAGAGGAGGUUAUCCUUUCUCCACGAAAGAGGGGAGUGAAGAAGUUCUUAACGAAGAGUUCGUUGGACGAGAUUGACACGGUUGAGCCACUGAGGCGGGCUCUUCGACAACCAAUGCAGUGCUCUAUUCUGGAGUACCUGGCGGCAUCGAAGCCGGCCCGUGAUGAAUUACAGAUGAUCACGCGGAAGACUCGCAUACCUCUAUCAGAGGAGGGUCAGGGAGCCCCUAAAGCGGAGGCUUCUACAGUAGCGGUAACGGGGGUGACAGCAAGAGCGGAUCGCAUGGCGACAACCCUUCUCGAUGGGAUGGUAGGCGUGUCUCCAGACAAGUUUUAUAUACUUGGUAGCGGGGCUGUAGAGACGAUUAUAAACGAUGGAGCGAUACUUGAUGCUGUGAUUGACAACGGCAGUGAGGCUGUCAUCAUAGACGAGGACCUGGCGGUACAAGUUGGACUGGGCCUCGAUAGGUCAUACCUAUUCGAGAUAGAGACGGCUGAUUGGAGAAAGCAACAGAUCACUGGGGUUUGUCACAAGGCAGCCAUAGAGGUCCAAGGGGUACGAGUGACCCUGCCUGUCUUUGCAGUCAAGAACUGCAGCUCCGACCUGCUCUUGGGUCGAACGUGGCUGAGCCACGUGCAUGCGGUGACGAUAGAGCGACCUGAUGGGAGUCAAACCUUGUCCAUUAAGAAGUCAGACGGACGCGGGUAAUGAUUGAGACAGUGGAGUCUCGGGACCCGAGGAACAGAGCAGCUCUCGCUGUGGGUGCAAGACCCAGUGA